AUGGUAGAUUUGGAUGCCGAGCCGGUGUCCAAACAUGGGCGGCAGACGAAGGCUCCGAAGGUCGUCUUUACCGUUGAGGACGAUGAUGGCCCUGCCGAACCCAUCAACAUCGUCUGUCCACCGAAGACGGUCCAAUUUGCGAACCACAUGAUCCUUGGUUCGCAAAUGGAGUUGUCAGAGAUCGAGGAGCUCCCGAGGAGGCCGGUCGUGCCUUCUGCAUCGAUGGACAUAUGGUUGUGCGUGAAGAGGGCCAUCUCGGCUACCGAGUGCGCCGAAAAGGCUUACGAUGAUGGUCGUGCCAAGGAUGCCGAGGCAGGCAUGGCUCUCCAAGAUCACGCUCAUCUUUUGAAGGACAAGCAAGCUGCCGAAAGGCAAGUCAAAGCUUCUGAGACCAAACUGACAGAGAUGAGGGUGGCUCUGGAUGCCGUGGUGACGGCAGCGAAGGACACCGUGGCAGCAAAGGAGGCCGUGCAAGUGGCAUUGGAGGAGUCCAAGCUGGCAAAGGCUGCAGAAAUCGAGGCUACUGUUUGA